AUGACGGAGAAGGUGCAACAGCUAAGGCAGGAGCUAGCGGGUAGCCCCCUCAAGAUGCUAGAGGGCCCCUCGCUGGAGGAGUCAGAGCCAGGCGCUGAGGCGCCCUGCUCGGGGUCUGGCCACGCGCAGCGCGUCCUGCAGACCCUCAACGCCUACCGUGGGAGCGGCACCCUCACCGACGCGCUGCAGAAGGUGGAGGCGGACGAGCUGCUGCGGGCCUGCUGCGAGUGCCGCCCGCUGCUCCUCGAGGCCCGGGCCUGCUUCAUCCUGGGCCGGGAGGCCGGUGGGCUGCGCACGCGGCCACGGAGAUUCAUGGACCUGGCUGAAGUGAUUGUGGUCAUUGGCGGUUGUGACCGCAAGGGACUUAUGAGGUUGCCCUUCGCCGACGCCUACCACCCAGAAAGCCAGCGCUGGACCCCACUGCCCAGCCUGCCUGGCUACCUGCGCUCAGAGUUCGCUGCCUGUACUCUCCGCAAUGACAUCUAUGUCUCAGGAGGCCACAUCAACAGCCAUGAUGUGUGGAAGUUUAGCUCCCAUCUGCACACCUGGAUCAAGGUGGCCUCAUUGCACAAGGGCAGGUGGAGGCACAAGAUGGUGGUCUUGCACGGACAGCUGUUCGUGGUGGGUGGCUUUGAUGGACUACAGCGCCUGCACAGCGUGGAGCGCUACGACCCCUUCUCCAACACGUGGGAGUCUGUGGAGCCGCUCCUGGAGGCCGUGAGCUCAGCAGCGGUGGUGCCCUGUGCUGGCCGGCUCUACGUGAUUGGGGGUGCCAGGCAGGACAACAUCAGCACAGACAAGGUGCAGUGCUUUGACCCCAAGGAGGACAGGUGGAGCCUGCAGUCACCAGCACCCUUCUCUCAGCGAUGUCUUGAGGCUGUCUCCCUCGAGGACACCAUCUAUGUGGUGGGAGGCCUCAUGAGCAAAAUCUACACCUACCACCCUGGUACAGAUGUUUGGGGGGAGGCAGCCAUCCUCCCCAGCCCCGUGGAGAGCUGUGGCGUGACUGUGUGUGAUGGGAAGGUCCACAUCACUGGUGGGCGGGAUGAUCACGGGGAAAGCACCGACAGGGUCUUCACCUUUGACCCCAGCAGUGGGCAGGUGGAGGCCCAGCCGUCCCUGCAGCGCUGCACCAGCUCCCACGGCUGCGUCACCAUUGUCCAGAGCCUGGGCAGGUGACUCAGAUUUGGACAGCCUGAGCCAGGAGCAGAGAGAGAAGGGAGAACUCAGGCUCACCACUCUGCUUUCCUCAUGGAACCGCUAUGUAAAUAGCCCCUUAACUUAUUGCCCCCUUUCUUGUAGAAAUAAAACGCCAUUCAAAGGUUGGCUCUGUG